AUGGAUCCCCUUCCAUUGUCUGUUCGUCACAUUGUAGACGUGCUAGAAUCGGUGCGCCUGCCUACAUGGGUGCAGAUGCAGGAUCCUUCCUCUUUCUGCGAACAAACACGCGACUUUUAUAUGAAUCAUAUCUGUUACGCCGACGGCAGCAUGUUUGCCCAGGAAGAGUGUUUUAGUUCCGAAGAACAUGAACUGUUACGAAGCAUGUUUGCGCUGGUCUUGCGACAGUCUAUGGCCGUUCGCGGGUACCGAAAGAACGACGACGACCGGAGGAUUGUAUUACCGGAAGUGCUUGUGAUGCUUUCCAUCAUCCUACGCAAAUGCUUUCCCCGCGAAACCCACGAGCACUGCGACUCUGUCAUGUUUGCAGUGUCGAAGUCACCUGCGGGAACAGAUGAGCAAGCCGCCCCGGCUCUUCGCUUGAGAGCGGAAUUGGUUAUCCGUCGGAUAAACAAUCCAACUCAGAUCGAUCCCAACUCAACGUCGCCUGCUCGUGACGCACACACUCCUGAAGUGGCGUCGGGCUCAUUUGUCGAGGACAGAUCUGGAGACCGGGACGACAUGAGCGGGGUCACCCAAUACGGAUACGCCCAACAACUUCUGUAUUCAAGGAGUCCAGUUCCGCAGGGCCCUACUGACGUCUGUGUGGCGAACGCGUGCACUAUCCACCCGCUGCUGACCAUCCGACUGUACACGCACAUAUCGCCUGGCUCGAAGAAACCGCCGAAGAAGGCAGUGAUCUGGUGA